UUUGGCAGUGUUGCGUCUCCUCGCUUUCUCAAAGCUGAGUGAUUUGAGGGAGAAGAACUGGAGCAGACGCAGCAGCGAGAGAGGGAGCUUCGUCUACUGUGACGGGUUAGCAAAUCGAAAGAAACGAUCGAAGAAGUGAAGUAAGAAAAGUGAAAUAACUCGUUAAAGAAUCAAUCAAGCUUUGAAGAGAACAAAAAUGUUGCCGAAGGGUGUUAUUGAUAAGAUUCAAGCAAAUGUGAGCACGCCUUGGUUUUGGAAGUCUUUGUCUCCAGGACUAAACUGGAAAUCUAAAUCCAUGAGGAUUAUCCCGGAGAAGUUUGUGAUAAGCACGCUCGGGGCUUUUAAACACAGAGUUGUGAUUAGUGUUCGUUGGGAACAUUCCUGGCAACUCUGGCUUGAGCAAGGCGAUGACGAUCUGUAUAUGAAAGGAGAAGACUGGGAUGAGUUUGUGGAUGACAACCACUUAGGUCCAAAUGAUAACCUGUUCUUCAGACACGAUGACACGAUGUUUCUUGAAGUGAAAAUUUUUAAGGAUAAUGGGGAUGAGAUCAUGGACGUACCACUUGAAGUUGAACCAGAAACUGAACCGCUUCAUCCUAAUCUCCACGAUUCUCACAAGGAGACAACCACUGCCUCUGCUUCUGUGGAAUUCUCAGCAAAUGGCCGAGCGAAACAGGGUUGUUCUGAUGUCAAAAACCCUGAGCGAUACCUUCUGAACCCCGAAAACCCCUACUUUGUGAAGACACUGGCAAAAAGCAAUAACGUUCUGUAUGUGCCCAGACCGGUGAUUGAGAAGUAUGGCUUGAAGUUUGGUCCCACUGAAUCUACCGUGGAUUACCUUCUUCCCACAGAAAAAAAGGUCGGCAAACCUAGAUUCUAUUCUGGUGGCCAAACCGUUUGUAUCAGUGGCUGGACAGGUCUAUGUCAAACGUACAAUCUGAAAAUCGGAGACUCUGUGGUUUGUGAGUUUGAACGCUCAGGAGGUCUGGUAAGGGCUGUGAGAGUGCAUUUGGUCAAUGAAAUAUGAGAUGAGUUCUCUAUAGUUUCUUAUUAUGAGUUAGGUUUCUAAACAUUCAUAGUUCAUGCUGUUUACCAAACUUAUUAUUGUAAUGUUGAAUGUGACCCUUAUGUUUGGUUUAAAGAACGUACAUACUAAAUUUCUUAUUGUUCUGUUGUUUUGGU